AUGCAGCUCCAAGCCUUCGUCGCUCUUUUGUCCCUUCUCGGGGCCGUUAAUGCCACUAAUGAACGUCACGCUCGUCUUGGAAAGAGACAGAAUGCUGGUGCCGUCGUUGGUUCCAGUUCCGCGUCUGGUGCUCCAACAACGAGUUUUGCUUCAUCGGCUUCAUCGACCUCGAAUUCACCCGUUCCAACCACACCCGUUGGCACAACAAUUCCUCCGCUGGCUAAUAUCACUUCGGGCAUGGCCACCCCUUCUACCGUGCCUGUCUCUGCUACGUACUCUGCAGGCGCUACACCUCUGAUUUCGGGUGCUCCGGUUUUGCCUACUCCAUUUGUCUUCCAAGCUGCAAGCUGGCCUACUCAGGACCAGAUUGCACCUACUGAUUCUGUGGAGGUCACCCAAUGGAUGGAAGAACUCAAUGGUUUCAACAUCCCCGACAUCACUCCCACUGCAGAUGGCACUUGCGUCGGUGACCCGGCUGCCGCCGCGCAAGCUUCUAGUCGUGGCUGGUGGACUUGUGGUGGUUAUACCCGUGCCACAGAUAUCACUGCUUGUCCGAACAAGAUGACAUGGGGUGUCAGCUUUGACGACGGCCCAGGAUUCUACAGUAUGGAGCUACUUAACUACUUGGCUUCGAAGAAUUUGACUUCGACGUUCUUCGUUAUCGGUUCUCGUAUCGUCGAGCGUCCUCAGGUUCUUGUGGAGGAGUACAUGGCUGGGCAUGAAAUCGCUGUUCACACCUGGUCGCAUCGUCCUCUUACUAUGCUUACUACCGCACAAGUCGUCGCUGAGCUUGGCUGGGCACGUAAAGCUAUCAAGGACGUCAUCGGUGUCACUCCCACCUUGAUGCGUCCCCCUUUCGGCGACAUUGACGAUCGUGUUCGUGCCAUUUCCUUGGCAAUGGGCAUGGUUCCCGUUAUUUGGACUAGCACUGGUACUGGCGCAACAUUUGACACUAACGACUGGAAGGUUCCUGGCGGUGUGGUCACAGGCCCUCAGUCCUUCGCCACUUUCGAGGCUAUUCUAGGCAAUGCAACUAUGCUGAAUACUGGGUUCGUUGUUCUGGAGCAUGACUUAUACGCUCAAACCGUCGAUCUUGCGAUUGGCUACACGCUGCCUGCUGCUAUGAACUACACUCCCGCGCUUACUCUCGACUCGAUUGGUCACUGCAAUGGAAUCCCAAGCACAAACCUGUACCGCGAGAGCAACCAAAACACGAGCUUCCCCUACGCAAACAGCACUAGUGGUGACUCGUCCGUCCCUAGCGGCUCAGGCGGGCAGGGUAGCACCACCCAGACUGCUGGUGCUCUAUCAAAUGUCAUUCUGCCUAUAUCUAUGGUCGUCGCUUCCUUAUUUGCUGCUGGCGGCUCCCUCCUCAUGUGA